GAGCCAGGAGCCAAGAACUUAAUAAUAAUACGACUUUACGACUUCUAUGUAGACGAGGCUUUACCUGGUCGAUGGCCGUCGUCGGCGACGCACGACUGCAAGAAACGGCCUGGCCGGGGUGCAUUGGCGAACGCCGCGGACACGUGGUGGGCGUGGCCGGCAAACCACACCACCCGGCGCGGGCCAAUCGCGCGGCGCUACGUCACGCGUGGCCUCUCUCGCGCUAUCUCGCGUGAGCGUUAUCGGCUGUUGCGGUCGGUCCCUGCGAUAGUGGUAUACGUGCGUCUUCUUCCCACGCAGUCACCUCGCUAUCUUUGUCCCUCGUCGACGCGCUCGGUCGACUUGGGGCCUCUUUAACUGGCACCCCGCAGUCGCAUCAGCUGUUGCUCGCACGCUGCCUGGCAGUACACGAUCGACCGUCGUAACGUGAGCAUCGUCUUGCGUUCAGGCGCACUCUGCUAAAGAAUCGUAAGCGCGUUACGUACAGAAUCGAGAGCAUUUCCCCGGGACAAGAGGAGAACACGCACUCCCAGUCCCGCACACGGGAGUGACGGAAUCCCGUGAUAGACCGCGGUUUUUCGUGGCUUCGGCGCGAGCUGCGUAGUUGUCUCCCCCCGUGAAGGACACGAGGGACGGGAUCGUCAUCACGUCAGUAAGCGACCCGGCAACAUGAAUCUGUCGUUCGCCGGCUGCGGCUUCCUCGGCAUCUACCACGUCGGCGUGGCGGUCUGCUUCAAAAAGUACGCGCCGCAUUUGCUGCUCAACAAGAUAAGCGGCGCGUCCGCGGGCGCUAUCGCCGCGUGCUGUCUGCUCUGCGAGCUGCCCCUGGGCGAGAUGACGAGCAACGUAUUACGCGUGGCACGUGAAGCGCGACAACGCACGCUCGGACCGUUCAGUCCGUCCUUCAAUGUGCAAGAAAUAUUGCUAGACAGCUUGCGGAAGUUUUUACCAGACGAUGCGCACAUUCGUGUCAACGGAAAAUUACACAUCUCUCUAACCAGAGUAUACGACGGCAAGAACGUGAUCGUUUCCCAAUUCAACUCGAAGGAGGACUUGCUGCAGGCUCUACUAGCCACUUCGUUUGUGCCGUUGUUCUCUGGCUUGCUGCCACCGCGGUUCCACGGUAUCAGAUACAUGGACGGCGGUUUCAGCGACAAUCUUCCUACGCUCGAUGAAAAUACUAUUACCGUUAGCCCGUUCUGCGGAGAGAGCGAUAUCUGCCCGAGGGACAUUUCGUCCCAACUUUUUCACGUCAAUGUCGCCAAUACAAGCAUAGAGCUCUCCAGACAAAACAUAUAUAGGUUCACGAAGAUACUCUUUCCGCCUAAAACAGAGAUUCUCUCGAGCAUGUGUAAGCAGGGAUUCGACGACGCAUUGCGGUUUCUACAUCGUAAUAAUCUACUGAACUGCACAAGGUGUCUCGCGAUUCAGUCGACAUACAUAGUUGAGAAAACGAUCGACGAUUGUAUGGAAUAUGAUCCGGAAUGUUUGGAAUGUAAAAUGCAUAGACAGGAAGCAUUGGUAGCUAAUAUGCCCGAAACUGUGUUGACUAUAUUCCAAGAUGCUAUAGACUCUGCCAACAAGGGGCUUGUUAACUGGCUGUUUAAGCAUCGUAGCAUGAAGCUGUUAUCGUUGUUGAGUUUGCCCUGCACGCUACCGGCAGAUGUAAUGUACGCUACGAUCACAAAUCUGAUUGGUAACAAGAUAGAAACUCGUGCCUUGGAAUACAAAGUAGUCGGAAAUGUUCUGCAUACCCCGCAACAGGCACUUACUUGCAAUAAGCAUUUAACACACUCCCGAUUCAUUAUGAGUGUUCCAAAGCUACGACAUAACUUAGUGGAAUUAAGUAAAUUUUUCUUAGAGCAGUUGAGUAUAAUGUUCCCGAAGAUCAAUGUCUAUGCUCAGCCAUUGCCUCAAACGAUCAAGUGUUAUUUCAACAUUAUGGAAUAUAACUCGAAUGACGCGCAGGUUAUAGAAGAGACAGAAGCUAUGUACCAAAAGCAAAAAAAUCUGAAUUUGACUCUCCAAUACAACGAAUGUGGACAAUCGUGGAACAAUUCAAGAAAAUCGAGCUGUAUAAUAAAUAUGGGCGAGUUUACAUCAGUGGACGAUACUUUCGAAAAUAUUCUCCAAGCGACUUCGGAUCAAGAGGCUGUGAUAGCGUAUUAUUAUAUGGAUGAUAACCAUAAAGUGCAAGUAACAGAAAUAUUCGAUGUAACAGAAUCAGAAUCACAUACCAUGCUGUCCUUAGAUGAAGUUGAUACCAAUAAAAAACUCCAAUUCGAUGAUUGGGAUGAGCCUACAUGGUUAUCUCAGCAUACAUUUAAUGACGCAGCUACAGAGUCUCUUUACACCGACGGAAAUCAACAAAGCAUGGAAAAUUUGUCGGAUAUAUCGUUAGAUGAGAUAUUGGAUAGCGCAAAUAUAUUUUCCGAUCCAGAAAGUGAGUGGGACGUCGAAAAGGACUCUGAACAAGUGGAGGUGUCCAAAUCUCCAGACAGUCGACCGGAAGUAGAUCAACCAUCCACAAGCAUGUUGCUAUAGAAAUAAGUUAACAGCCUGUUCAUUUCUAUAUAAUUGAUAAUGUAAUUUUUGAUGAUAUAUUGCAAGAACAUAUGUGCUACUUAAAUAAUUUAUAGAGAGAGACAUUUUAAUUAAUUUACUUAUAUAUUUUUAUUUUUCUUAUAAACAACUUGCUCCAUCUAAAAGAGAAUAAUCUAUGGAUGAUUUUUAUUAUUAUUACAGAGUUUCUAUAAUUAUGAAUAUAUCAAAUAAAAUUAUAACUUUGUUGACAUUUAAGCUAAAAUAUUCUAAAGAUUAGUUUCACCAUUUGUAUCUAUGUAUACAUAUUUAUAUUAUAGAAAUAUUUUUGGAAAUCUUUGUUAUCAAAAUUUAGAAAAAUUUUAUUAAAGCUUCUUACCGUUGUUACUUUUUAAAAAUAAAUAUUUAUGCUUUGUUUCAUAUCAGUUUAAGACUUUGCUAUCUGGAGAUUUAAAGCUGUAACGAAAUAUUUUUCAUACAUAUCUUGCUUUAAUUACAAAAUAACAUUUCUGGAAACGAUAUAUAGACUACAAGUUUAUAGAUACGUCAUUAUAACGUGUGUUUUUUACUACACUUGAUAUGUGUAGCAUUCAAAGUUAAAUGUCUCACUUUACAUAAACAUGUACAUUUAAUUCUAAAUGUUCUUGCAAGAUAUAAUUAAGAUAAAGCAUUUAAUAUUCAGGCACAAUUAUUGAAUACAUGCCAAUAAUGCCACUUGCAUGUAAGCGUCUGUAGUAUGACGUGCAACAGUAUUCUAUGAUAAUUCAAGUUUACCAACUCGGAUUUAAAAAUUUAACAUUAAUAACGAGCGCUUGCCUGAGUUGAUACAUGUUACACAAAGAGACUGAUAUAUUGGUGAUUAAAGAGCGUCAUAUAUCAAAACCAUCGAUAUUUUUGAUUCUAAAAAGAAACUCUGGAAAGUUGAUCUUUUUUAGCGAAAAUAGACUAGUACAAUUUUCGUAUAUCGAACGAUUGAAGAUAGACGGCUAACGAACUGAAUUUUAGUAGGAAAAACAGAUGACAUCACAUAUUUCAUGAACUUGAAACAGAUAUAAUGUUAAAGAUUAAAUAAUUAUUUUUAAAAUAAUGAUUUUAUCCUCGAUUAAAAAUGAUUAUUUCUAUUUUCUUUUUGAUUUAUUAUUAUUCGUUUGUAGUUAAAAGGAUACAUCUGGGGCUUAAUCAUGAUUUUUUUCCUCUAAUGAACAAGAGUGAACAAUUUCAUUGAUAAUAUUUAAAAUCCUUCAAUAAAAUUUUUCACCUUUCACGAGUUCACACUAGACGAAAAUAUUUAUGAUUGAGCCCCUCCCAAGGAGAAUAAAAAGUCAGGAUGAUGUCAAUUUGAUGUCAUAUUGACCAAAUUUAUGUCAAAU